GGGAGUUUUUAGUGAGUCCCCGGCCAGUUGGAUUCGUCCACCUCUUAUUUUGGUACUCUCAACACGGCGCCUUUGGCAUUAAAAUUUAACUGUUUUUUUACUUCUAUAAUACAUUUGCUGUUACAGAAAUAUAUGUGCAUAUGUUUUAGCGGGUUUUACCAUAGCUUGCCGUCAGCUGAGAUCAAAGUGAGGUGAAGGAAACGAGGAGGUGUCAUGAAGGUCUGAAAUGUUUCGGAAUGGGACGCGUCCGAAAGGAUUCAAGCUGCUCUUCUAAUCACGACGUUGCAACAAGGAAAAAGUGUCAAAGAGGGGAAGGAUACAAUUAAAUUUCAGUUUCGGGAGCGCGUCAGCAGAGCUAAAGGAGGAGGUGGAUUUCAACCUGCUCCUCGUCAGUGUUUGGUUCACUUUAACGUGAACAGCAGCUGCCGCAGGCUCCCACGGACACCACGGUUUGUGCUCCUCUGGGCAGAUGAGAGUGGGGCAGCGAUGAACAAUGUGCGGUAGACGAGCGUAGGCUGCGUGGCUCACUAAAACAAACUCACUGUCCCCAUUGUCUAAAAACCCGGCCGUCCAGAAACAUGGGGCAUCCUCCUCUGGAGUUCAGUGACUGCUAUCUGGACAGUCCGGACUUCAGGGAGACUCUCAAGUGUUAUGAAGUGGAACUGGAGAGGACCAGCAAAUUUCUCAAAGAGUUGAUAAAAGAUGGCAACAGUGUGAUCACUGCAAUCAAGGGUAAGCAUGCUUCCGUCUAAUCUCUCAGUUUUAGGUCACAGUGGUACAGUGAAGGGGGUUGACAGAGGGCCAGCAUCAUUGGGGCCUUUCAAAAGGCCUGCUGGAUCAUUGUGGGUGGCUGUGGGGGAGCACAUUGAGGGAGGUGCAAGUGAGGCUGCUCUGAAAGGGACAGAUAUCUGGUGCAGAUGUGCAGCUUCCAAACAUCAACACAGCUGUCCUCUCCUACAGGGUUCAAAUCUAUCCGUGUGAGAUUGAGCACAGUCCAUCUGCUGCUAGUUGUAGAUUGGGACCAGUCCAUCAGAUAGUAUGGACCACAGCCAGUGACAGUGACAGCAGCACACUGCAACAUUGUACAUUCAGGUCACUAUGGUUUCUAAGUUUGGAUUAACUCACCCAGAUAUUAUUCUGUGCUUCAAAUCAGCAGUGACAGGCUUUUUGACCUCGGAAAACAGAACCAGUCAUUGUAGGUGCUGCAGCGUGCUGAGGGUCCCACUGUAUAUUCAGCUCAGAUAAUAGGCCGAGGUCACGAGUGCAUGGUGCACCAAGACAUAUUCACGAAGGUCACAAUUUUAUCCCACUUGUUGAUCAUCAGGAUUCUUUGUGUGUGUACGGUUUAUCUUUUAAAUCCUUAUCAAGCUUUAAAUAUCUUUGAAUAUGCACAUGUUUACAAGAAUCACAAAGUGAGCACCGAAAAUAACUUCAGAAAUUAAAGAAAGGAUUUAAUCUAUGUUUAAAAAAAGCAAAGUUCCACAAGCAAAAUGCCCGCUAGUAUUGAUCUGACACACUGUUUUGAUUAUAAAUCCAAAUAUAGCAGAUGAUAUAUACUACAUACGGCCCACUGAUGUGCUCCUGAACACUGCCAAGAAUCAUUUUUCCUUCCUAUCACAAAAUGCAAGGUAGUAACUGUGAGUUGUGCUUAAAUUAAGGAGGGCUGGGUUGGAUGUAUAUAAGUUGCUGUGUGAGUUGUUGGGACUCUGUGUAUUUAUCUAAAUGACCCACAUUUUCUCCAAACAGGUUACUCUCUGGCUGUACAGAAGUUUUCCCAGACUCUCGGCAUGUUCCAGUUCGACGUCAUCGGUGAUUCCCUGACAGACGAUGAGAUUAACAUUGGUAUGCUAAAACUCACACACACAUUCACUCACUCAGACAGUCUUUUAAACUGUGUUUGAAGAAUUUAAAGGACUUUUCAGGCUUGAUCCAGCAGAGGUUUCAGUUUACUAACAGAUACAUAACAGUUUAUGUCAGAUUAUGUUUCCUCUGCUUGACCUCAGUGGAAAAGGACAUUGUUGGCAGCUACUUGUUAAUUCCUCAGAAUCUUAAGUGUGAGGGAUUUGGAAACGAAAGUAUUUGGAAAAUCACAAGCUGGUACCCUUGAGUUUGAUUACAAGUGUGUCCAAAUGGAAGCGGGAAAUCCCAUCAUCAUUAGGUCUGUUUUGUUGGAAACACUGGGAUAGGUUUCAUUUUUAAAAACCCCCCGUUGUGUUUCCUGUGUCAGACCAUACGAUAAGACCUAACUCUCUUUAUCAUCUUUGUAUUUGCAUCCGCAGCUCAGUCGUUCCAGGAGUUUGCAGGACUCCUGCAGGAAGUGGAGCACGACAGGAUGAUGCUGGUGGGUUAUCAACUUCCUCCACGCUCACUCCGCAUCCUAUUUGACUGUUGAGGAGCUGUUAGAAACCAAAUUAACACAUCCUGAGCUGGAAAUGGCAGCAAUUAAGGAGGAAACCCUUGGCACACUCUGUUACAGAUGGAUUACUUUGAGUUUAUAUUAAAAAAUCCACACCCUACUUUGUAUUUUAGAGAUCCAACCUGUGUCCGGUAACUGACGGACUAGAACACACCUUCAUAUUGUGUGUGUGAGAGAGGGAGUGUGUACCAUUGCGUGUGCGCUCCUGUUUAGAAGAAGUCAGUUUAUUUACUCUCAGUUCCUCUCAUGGCUUUCUUGUUCCCUGUUUAUAUUUUUCCCCUGUUUCAAUCUAUUCUGCUGCAGUUAUUAUUACACUUACUUACAUUUUGCAUAUCUGAUAAAUUCAUCAGAUAGAACUUAAUUAUCUGCACGUUUCAUUUCAUCUGACCAAGCGUAACUAUUUGAAUUUUAAUAACAGAUUCCCUCAGAGCUCUUGUUUUUGCUGAGCCAGGUAAACUCAAAUACAAAUCUAACCUUCUUCAUUUCAUCGUCUUGGCUUCCGCUUCAACAAUCCAGUCGUGUCAUUAGAAGCAGCUUUUCCUGUUCGACUGGGUUUACUGGAUACUGAUCUAAUUUUAAAACUGGAGCUCAUCAAUUUACUGAAGCUCACUGUGGUGUGUAAGAGCAGCUUAAAUGACAUAAAAUAUAUAGAUUUCUUUGUCCCUUUAACAUAUCUGUACCCACGGAUCACUUAACAUACUGGAAGAGAGAUUCUCAUGCACAUGGCAGACAAUGAAGUGUGUGUUUGUGUAUUUAUUAGUGCACCUUUGUAAAGAUGUUUCAUGUUUUUGUCCAGGUUCAGAACGCCUCAGAUCUGCUCAUCAAGCCACUGGAGAAGUUCAGAAAGGAUCAAUUAGCGGUAACAAAAGUGAGCGUUUGUUCUUUCUCUUAUUUGACAUCGAUUUAACAGAAAACAAGAAACGUCCCAUUUUUGAGACAAGUUCACACCAACAGCAGCUAAACAAUGCAAAGUUACAGAGAAGCAGAAGUUUCAAUGCUCUGAAAAAGUUUGAUAUGUAUCAUGACAUCUCUCUGGUUUCUAUAAAAAUAAAAAAGGAGGCCAGAUCUUCAUUUCACACAUGCCAAGCGGGUUUGCACUUAGACCAAACAGGAUGCUUUAAGCCACUUCCCCAAAUCUAUCUCUAAAUCUACAUGUGAAACAUUAACCACGCCAAUAACCCUGAUCAAGAGGUCUGCUCUACUUCUCUGGGACAUAAACAUGUUGAGACAAUUUGUUCAAAGACGAGCAGUUUUGUUGUUGAGACCCCCCUGAGUGCACCCUAACUUCGAAUUAAUUUAACUUUUAAAGAAACAAGAAACUCAGCGGGGUGUCACCUUGAUUAUUCAACAUGACAUUUGGUUUCAUUUUAGUUCUGCUCCGCUGAACAAAAAAGUUCCCCCUCAGUGUAUUUCUCACCAGCUGUUACUUCAAAUUUCACUGCUGUGUUGAGUUUCACUCUACACGCAAAGCUGACUAUACAGGUUUCAAUAUGGCAUUUAAAAACAAGACAUUACAGAACUUACUUAGGAGUUUGUCUACUUUGUCUCACUUUAACAACUCUUAGUAAUCUCUAGUUUUUAGAAAAUCUGGGUUUUCUCCCUCACAGAAAAGAAGUGGUGGUGCACAUUUUCUGGUCAAAUCCAUUACUUUUCACUGAGAUUUUGCGCUGUAGGUGCAUUUUCCUGUACAAAACCAAUGGAUCUUACCUAUUUUCUAAAUCUGAUGCACUUUACUGAGUUUUACACUGACAGUGCUUUCAGUUAGAUGUACUUCAACUCCCAGAACAAACUGUUGGUUUGUCAAUGUCACUUUUCCCUCACCAAUCAGACAAAGCCAAGACGGGAACAGACCUCUGAUAUUUGCUGUGAAUGCCAGAGUGUGAUUCCCUCUCAUUUUUUGUUUAUGUCCAUUUCAAAACUAUCCUUAAAAAGCAAAUGUAAAAAUGUAAAGCUGACUUAGUGUUCACUCCUGGAGUGAGGGAGUGCCUUGAGACAACUAAUGUAACCGAGCAACUUUUGCAAUCAAGGUGUUUCAAUUGUAUUUAUGUGAACUAGUUUUUUGUUUAGAUGUGUAAUUGUUUUGAGCAGGUUGUCAGUCUGAAUACACUGAUUUUUUUAAAAGCUGAUUGUGAUUUAAUGAAUACCAUAAUUGUGUCAUAAUUUCAAUGUGCAUUUCUUUUGUGCAGGAAAAGAGAAAGAAGUUUGAGAAAGACAGUGAAAAGUAUUACUCCCAGGUGGACAAACACUUGAAUCUGUCUUCUAAGAAGAAAGAGAGUCAACUACAAGAGGUGAGGUACAAAAUAUUCACCAGCUCCGGUAAUGUUUAUACUAUAUAGGACUGAAGGUGAUAAAAAAAAAGCAUAAUUUCAAAGAAUUGUUUCUGUUUACUCCAGGCUGAUGAACUCCUGGACAGAGAGCGAGUCAACUUCUACGAGUCCUCCGUGGACUAUGUUUAUCAGAUCCAUCAGGUGCAGGACAGGAAGAAGUUUGAUGUGGUGGAGCCGGUGAGCACUCCUGUGGUCUCUCUCUCUUCCUCUUUCCUGCCACACGUGUAACACCCAGAAUAAACAGAGUUACAACCUGACCACAAAAAAAUCCCCUAACAGUCUUGUACUUUCCUUUCUGGCAGCCGCUCAUUUGUUUUGGUUUUUUUGGUUUUGCUUUGGAUUUGAAGUAUGUUAUUCCUCCCUUUUGUUGCACAGGUUUUAGCCUUUCUUCACAGUGUUUUAACCCUCAAUAACCUGACAGUGGAGAUGACUCAGGACUUCAUGCCUUACAAGCAAGAACUGCAGCUCAGUUUGCAAAAUGUAAGUGUAGUUACCAGCAGUGCCAUAGAUUUAACUUAAUUUAAUCAGAUAAGGUCUAAAGAGCUGCUGUCUGUUUUCCCUCUAGACAAGAAACCACUAUGAGAGCACUCGGGAAGAGAUGGAGGAACUGAUGAAGAGGAUGAAACACCCAUCUCAGAUCUAUAAAAUGCACAGUAUUCUGCCAAUGGAGGGUUAUCUGUACUGUCAGGAGAAGUGUAAGUUUGCAAAGUGUUUAAACGUGGGCCUGAUACUUUGAUGAACCCUCACUGAAAGUCCUGUUUUCUUCUUCAACAGGGGCUUUGGGUAUGACAUGGGUUAAAUAUUACUGCAAGUAUCACAAAGAAGGGAGGCUGCUGUUCAUGGUGCCUUGUGAACAGAAGCCCACAACUAAACAGGUGCUUCACAGAUAAAAAUAUUACAUUUUUAUGACAAAUCAGCGACUUUUAGCCACAGAUAGAACAUCUGCUUGAUCUAUUAUUACUGUCACACAUGUCUCAACCACUUCCCAAAUCUGUCUUUUUCUCCGCAGGGCCCCACACAGCUGACACUGAAAUCCUGCAUCCGCCGGAAGACUGAGUCCAUCGACAAGCGCUUCUGCUUUGACGUGGAAACUAAUGAGAGGUUAGCGCAAACAAAUCUAAACAAAAAAAGGCAAGAUGAGGCAACAACAGAGCCUGGUGGGAUAAACAGGUUGAGGCGUCAAGUUGAACAGGUGGCUCACAGGGACAAAGUGCGAGGGCUAAAUGGACUGUAGCCCAAACGAUCCCUGAGCAACAGGCACAUGCUGAAAAACAGAUGGCAGACACUGUGAUUUCACAAAUAGGAAAACAACAAGCCCAUAAUUAUACAAGCAGAUCAUUUAGAACAAAAUCAAUUUUAAUAGAUACUUGAGCCAUCGGCAGCUCUGUCAUUUUCGGGUUUCUUGAAAUCUGUGGCAAUACUUGGCGACCGGCGAGGUGUUUUUAAAGGUUUAAAAGCGGCUUGAAUUAUUCAUGAAGUGCCUGAAAGAGCGUCUGCAUGACAACAAUUAGAGCGAACUGAACAACAUAAUAAUAAAGAGCUGCUCCUGGAAUAACCCCUGACUGCUGAGACCAGACCCUGACCUUUGACCUUGUCAAAAGGAGAGACAGAUCAGUGAGUACUCUCAGAAACAGACAGGGGCAGUGAGGAAAAGUGGCCUUGAAGGCGUCCCAUUCAGGUAUGCAAGAAAGUUAAGAGAUAAAUCAGGAAACCAUGACGGAUUUUCUGCAAAUACAUGUUUACAUCUUCUUUUUUAGAAAGUUAGACUUUCUAAAAAAGGUACGUUUCUGACUAAAAUCUACAUUGUUAAUUAAAUACUUUAUUUUUGUUUUAAACUCACUAAAACUUUGCCACCUCACACAUGUGCUCUUCAAUCACAUCCAACCUGAACCUGUGUCAUAUCAGUGAUUUUUGAGCACACUGACAUGUUUUUUCUAUCAAAGAUAAAAGUAAAGUCAAUCAGUGCAACAAACUUCCAAAUAAAACUUUGUGACAUUUCAAAAACUGCAUUACUAUUUUGUUAAGGUUUUAUCUGGAGUAUCAGUUCUAUGUUUUGAUGAUUCACUUUACUUCUACUUAAGAAUAAUCUAUUUUGUCAACCUCUCAUUUAAAGUUUAUAGAACAGAAAAAGGGAAAUGGAGAGGAGUGUUGAAAUGAAACUUGACAUUAGUAAACUCAUGAAAUUACUCAAAGUGAUAAAUUUGCAUAUAGGUUUCACAUUGGCUUCUGUAUCUAUUUUUUUUUUGUUUUGCUUUUGCUUUUCGCAAAAGAACCUAAAUUAUAUAUUCACUUCAAGUUUGAUCGUACUCAGCAGGGCCAUAGGUAGUUCACAGGGGGAGCAGUUUUUUGAAAAAAAAAAAUGUUUUUAUUGUUGCUAUCAGCCAAAGUUUAUUCUGAUUACCGACAAGUUUAAAGUUCAGAAAAAAGUCAAAAUCAAACAAAACUUCUCUAACAGCGCUUAACAGGGGAUCUCAGAGUCUGCAGGUAAACAGUGUUGGUAUGUGGAGUAUGGAGAGCUAGCACCGCCAGCAUCCAGUCCUCCUCUCAGGUUAACGUCCACAUGUGAUGUGCUGGUCCCUCAUUACGCUGGUGAAGUGGUGGUUACAUGCCAGUUUAACCAGACAAAGCCUGUAUACAAUUUUAUUCCCAUUUCAUGGAUCAAAACACCACCAAGUGUGCCAUGCUACAGAAUGCUGUCACAUGUGCUCUUUUACAUCUGGGUAGUUUGGCAUUUUAACAAGAUGGUAAAAAACAUUACCUUGAUUGACGGCUGAGGCACAGUGUGACCGGCAUUUUGGACCUAAAAUAAUAAAGAUAAGAUACCGAUAAUUGAUUUAACGGCUUCGCAAUGCAUUUACUGGCAAAAGUAACAAUGCAAGAUUAUUUAGUUGACAAAAUGCACAUCUCAUGGGGAAAUGAUUGCGAUAAUGUUAGGCAUUCCUACAGCAGAAGUGCUUAUCGUGUUUAAGAGUAUGAAAAUGAGACUUUGUUAAAAUGAGUUUCUUUUCUUAUAAACUUGUCAACACAGAUAUAGAUAUUUGGUUGUAAAAGUUCAUUUACAUGCCUCUGAUUUAUAAGAGUUGUCUUUAUCCUGAGCUGAUUAGUGCAGUUGGCAGAAGAGCUUCAAACUUGUAGCACAGUUGUCUUAUUAACAUUUGAUUCAGUAGCCUACAAGCUACAAAACUUGGCCUCAGAAUUUGUUGUCUUCUGCAGAACACAGAUUGCAAGUUUCAGAUUGUGGAGUUUCAUCAUCUUGUCUUGUUCAUCUCCGGUCAUACCUCCAUCAUCAUCAUCUCGUGGGAUUUGAUCACUUCAAACAGUCUUAAAAUCGUUUUUUAUUCCUCCUUUCGUGAUUUCAUCUACCCUGUUUCUAAUGAAACUUUUAGUCAGAUUUAUGAGAGUUUAGACACAAUGUUUGGAGAAGACAGAACCACAUCCUGUGACUGAAUAAUUUAGCAACAACCUUUGCUUAUUUAAUGGCAUUAAUUUCUGUUUCCAUAGAAACACACCAGUCACUUUCCAGGCUCUGUCUGAGGGAGACAGGAAGUUGUGGAUGGAGGCCAUGGAUGGAAAAGAGCCUGUGAGUUGAUUUCUCAUCUCAUCUUUUUGUAGAAUAUUCUCCUGCUUGAUACAAAGUCUGUGAAAACGACUUGACUGCCAAAAUAUCUGCAGAGCAAUGUGGAGUCAGCUAGAAAAGCGACUGUGUUGACACAUGAAGCUCCCAAAGCCAGUUUCCAUUUCAAACUGCAGAGUUUCUCCAAGUCUGGCCUUUUUUCCCUUCUUUUCUUCUCUUUUGGAAAAUUGUCUUUUUAAAUAUUGGCAGGUACUAAAAUAUGUAAUCACAAGUUUUGAGGAAGAAGCUACAAUAAGCAAGUUUGAUGUGAUUUGCAGAUAAUUAAAAUCCGCCCGUUAAAACCUCAUGAGAGAAAACUGGAGCGAGAUUUGAGAAGUUUUGCUCUGAAUAUUUAUUUGUAUGAGGGGAAUAAAACUGCUGCUGUCAUCCUUGUUUUGUCAUGAGACUCAAAAUGUAAGCUCACACUAGUCAAGCAGUCAAGUACAAAAGCAAUAUCAUAGUCUCUGUCUUCAUUAAAGGUGUUUGGAAAUUCAUUUAAACCAUUUAGCCAUCGCUGUACAACCAAGUGUUAACUCGUGGUUGGCUGAAAGAAGUUCCUACAGCAGGACUGAGUUUGACUGAGUCCCUUGUUGCUCAUUAAAAUAAGUUUUUGCAUAAAUGUGGAAAGUUGUGCUGAUCUGGAAACAGUCUGUAUCAGGCAGCUGUGAGCUGAAGACAAACCAAACUGCCUGAGGUUACUUCUGGUCUUAACAAUAGCUCAGCUGCUCAGUUUAGAUUUCUAGUCAGGUUUCAUUCACAUCUAAUUCCUCAGCGGAAGGUGUCAUGUGAGUUUUAGACAGAACAAACAAACAUUGGUCGCUGCAAGAGGAUGUGAAAACAACUGUGGGCACUCUUUUCAGCGCCCUUUUUUUGUGCUACUUCCUCAAUGACUUCUGUAUAUCACCAACAUUUCACAAGAGCUUUUCCAACAACCCUGUCCAAGUUUUCUCAAGCAGAGAUCCACCGCGGGUUACCCCUGCCAGGCCUGCAGAGGCUCUGAGCUUUCAGCCAGGAUCAAUUCUGUGGUCUUUGAAAAUAAUCUCCUCUGUCACACUUACUCUGCUACACUCUGGAUGCCCCGUAGCGCUCUGUCUAACUGAAAUGUAGGUGCAACGCUGCUGCUCCCCCUUCAGUGGUAUGGAAACUUUAUAUAUCGGCUUGUGUGGGCCUCACAGCGCAGUAUGUUAGUACAUGCUGCCACUUGUUUAAACACCGGAUAGUUUCUGUGUAUUCUGCAUCUAUUCAGACUUCCUCAUGCUCUUGUUGUUCUCAUGAGGGAGGAACUUUAAUUUGUAAGCUUUUUCCUGUUUUGACAUGCUUCUGUACAACAUUGAUGAUGCCAAACAGACAGACGGGCAGCAUUGUUGUGCAAAACAGUGUGGGUGGAAGAGAUUUACCUUGUGCAGCUGGUAUAAAACUGCUUUGUGCAAAUGAGGCAAUAUUGGAAAAGAUGAGCAGUUGUAGCCAAGUAGAUUUAGACCCCAACUUUCCUGAUAUAUGAAAGUCUUUGACAGGAAAAGCAAACCUUACAAUAUUUUCCUAUAUAAGUCACUGAGGAGUCAAUCAGAGCUAGAAUUUGAUGUGUAGUCUGGUUGUUGCAACAAACAAAGGUCCAAUGCACUUUCAUGCUUUGGGUACAGUGAUAUGUUUAUUAAAUGCUGGAUUUCAUUCCCAUCCUGUCAUCCACCUUAUCACCCAGUCGAAGAUUAGAGGAUGUCUCUAUGGAGUCUCACUGCCAAAGAUAAUGUGCAUUUGACUUCCCUUUCUCAGUUAUUGUUAACUCACGAGAAAACAAUCAAAAAUAAAGCUCAACAUGAGUUCAAGCUGAAAACAAAACUUGACUUAUUCGUGCGUCAUAUCGUUCUGUAGUUCUCCAGCACUCUGUCUCCUUCUGCUUUCAUGUCAUUUAGUCAUUUAGUCAUUAAGUCACCUUUUAAAGUAUUUACCAACCAGGCUUUGCCAUGGCUUUCAUCAACUAAUAAGUUUAGGUAAGAAGAACUUUAUUCAUCCUCAAAGGGAAAUUCAAUUGAUAUAUAAUCAAUAUAAUUGUCCUGCUGCUGCCGAACUUAAAAUCUAUUGUCCUCUACUCUCUUUCAUUUGGUGUUUCAACUUGUUAAAACUGCCAUUGUUGUGCAUUUCACAACAUUUAAAGUCCAUAUUAAUUAUGCAAAGCAAUCCUUACAUGUUUCUUGAUUUGGGCAUCACCUGAAUGUACUGACACAUGUUUAAAGAUCUUGACUUUUAGGUUAAAUAUUUAAAUAAAUGCUGAACUGCUACAUCAGUGUGGUCUGAAACCAGGACUAAGAGGAUGUAUACAGUCUCUUUGUGCUCAUUCUGUGACACACAGUGCAUCGUAUCGCAUUACAAAAUAUGUGGAGAUGCUAACUUCAGUCUGUUGAGCUGCACCUGCACACUUAUACGGACUGUAUAUACUAUAGACAACUUGGCUCUGCCUUCUGUUACUAUACAAAUUUAAAGCCAAAUUGCUCCACCACUUGCGCAGUAGCAUUGUACCCAUUUGGCGGAAGAGUCGCUGUGAAGACACUUUGCUCCAACAGCAUAUCCCCUGGAUGAGUUACACAUUCUUCGUACGCCCAUAGGCUGUUUCAAGUGUCAGUCACAGAAAAAUGAACCCUCUAAUAACUUUUAAAAUUGAAGCUGCACAGAAAAAUGAGGACUGGAGCACAAACCAGUCUUACAGUAACUACAUUUCAACAUCGCAACCAGGGAGGAGAAAAAAUGUAUUCUGUGUAAUACAUUUCUAAAGUUUGUCCACAACUCCAUAAGGUUUGCUGGAGGAGGUGGGAUUUAUGACCUAUACUGCAGCCCAUCACCAGAGGGUGCUUUUCUCACGGAGGCUUCACCCAGUGAGGAUGCAUACAACGUCCAUUCCAUAUACGGUCUAUGGUGUUAGCUCAAACUCAAAGUACUUAAGGGAUAUUUUAAUCACAAAGUAAAAGUUUUGACUUGUCAGCUGAACUCCCAGAGAGAUCAAAUGUUCCAUUCAAAAGUGCUCUGAUGAUGUUAUUCUCCAUCAUAGCAGCAGGUGGGAGGAAAAAGUGGCUGUGGCAGCUUAACAACAGUGUGCCUGAAGGGACAAAGUAUCACACAACUGAAAAGAAUACAACAUAUCAUUCUUAGGCCUCAAUUGCAUUGUGGGAAAUGCAUUGGCUAUAGUCCACAAAAACAAUGUACCAUCAAUGCAAAACAGUCAGAAGCAAAAAGAGGCUGAUACAUAAACUGAGAAACUCAAAAUCAACUCACUUUCUAUUGUACACUUUCACAGUCCAGUCACACACAAGCCCACAAUGACCUUGAGACUUGCUUUAUGCCCACCACGAACCCAAGCACCCCCUGCUGUUCAGUGUUGGAAUUACAAGUGAUAUGCCCACGGCGUUCUUUAACAGUUUCUCGGAAUAAUAAAACAUAACAAAAUUAAAAACCUUGUUUGGCUCCAACAAACCCCUUGAUUAACAUUCUCCAACAUUACUCAUUAAGUAAAACACUAAAAACUGGACUAACCAGAAAUGUGUAAUUUUGCACAUCCCCGUAGUUCUUUCGAAAAGUACCACCCUGAGCAGGGACUUUUUGGGGAUGAAUAACAACCCGUUGAACCGAAUCAACUCCCUGGUCUGAUGCUUUCAAAGAGUCUAUGUCUCCUGGGAAAUUUCCUGCUGUGGGGAGCUAUAAAGCGUAGCCACAAGCACAGUUUUGAUAAUGAACUAGUAUAUUAUCAUCUAUUAAAUGCACUGACCAUAAUCUCAGAGUUUCCUUACAUGUAAUAAGUUUUCCCCCUGUGGAGCACUAAAAGUACAAACCAGCUGACUGUCCUACACAUAAAGGUUCCAGUGUUGGUCUGAGUGGAUCUAAGUUCUCUAUUCGAUACGAUGACUUCGGGUUAAUGUUCGUCCGACAGAAAACUAUCUGUCUGCGUGGAGGUCAGCUAAACUGGUUCGAAUUGUUUUAAAAGGAUACUGCUUUGUGUCAACUGGUUAUGAAACUCGGUAAACAAAUAUCACUUGUGGAGUUUCUCUUAAAAGAUCUAUUACCAGCCUUUUUAUUGAUCACAGAUAAUGGCAUAUCACAACAUCUUCUACAGUUGUAUGCAGACAAAACACAACUCUAUAUCUUAGUGUCCCCACAUGACUGCCUGCUGGAAUUUGUGUAAUAAGUGGAUUAAAUAAUUGUCAUAGGCCUCAAGGAAGGUUGAAACACACCUUUAAUUCAGGGCGCCAAAAUCUGCAAGCAAAAAGUGUUGGUGUUGUCAUGGACUAUGAUCCAAAAAAAUUACCUGCCAUAUAAAAAACCUAAUUAAUAGAUCAGAAUUUGAUGAUUUUAGUCCAAACAAACCACUGAAAAGUCAUUCAUAAAUAGUUUUAAGCAGGCUAAGCUGUUAAACUGCGGUCCUCUUAGGCGUAUCACACUGGUUUCUGCAUUGCCCUAGCUCCUUAAGUGUUCACAUAGUAAAUCCUAAAUACCUUACUCUAAAUAGUUUAGCACCUGAAAAUGUGACUCAAACACAUUUAUCUUUACUCAGUGUUCCCUGAAUCACAGCCAAAUAAGAUGAAACAGUCUUUGAUUUUCUUUGCUACCAAACAGCUUCAGUUUUUACUUCAUUUCAUCAGGGCUCAAAACAUUACUGUUUAAAGCAGCUCUAUAAUUAACUACAUACAUAAUUUCUUUUUAAUCUCUUAAGUGUUUUUGGCUAAUUCUGCCUUUUGUUUUGAUGCAUUUAAAAUACAAGCAGCACUUUUUAUACAUUUAUGCCAGUUUUGUUCCAAAGUGAAUGAUUUCCCAGCUGUUAAAGAGAGAUGAAUGUUGCCGACUGCUUGCUUCUCUAGCUAUACCAACGUUAGUUAUGACAGCUGGAUAGCAAUAUACAGCGGUCUGAGGAGCCAUAAACAAACCUCAACCAAAAAGCCACUCUAUAGCCACAAAUAAUGCUCAGAACAGCACCUAACUUCAUCAACAGAACAUAUAGGGUCCCAGCCGCAGCACUAGCCACCAAUCAGCUUUUUAACUUCGCCUAAUUUCUUUAGCAACUCACCUACUCUCUUCCAGCAGCCGCUUGUUUGUAGCAGGACCUUGGGCCAGUCCUUUAUGGACUGCUGCGGGGUGACGCAGCUCAAGGAAGAACAUUUAUGAUCAUUACUUUAUCAUUUCCUUGAAGUAAUAAUCACCAUAUUAAUCAUUUUGCACUGCAGACGCGGUAGCUUUUCUGCCUUAGUGUUUUGGUCUGAUUGCAUUUCCAUGAAGAAAUGAUCAGAAAUGUUCUUCCUUGAGCUGCGCCCCCUUUGCAGCGGUCCGUAAUGGACUGGCCCGAGGUCUCGCUACAAACAAGCGGCUGCUGGAAGAGAGUAGGUACGUUGCUAAAGAAAUUAGGCGAAGUUAAAAAGACGUUUGGUGGCUAGUGCUGUGGCUAGGACCCUAUAUGUACUGUUGAUGAAGUUAGGUGCUGUUCUGAGCAUUAUUUGUGACUAUAGAGUGGCCUUUUGGUUGAGGUUUGUGUUUGGCUCCUCAGAUCGCUGUGUAUUGCUGUCGUGUGGUCAUUACUAAAGUUGGUAUAACUAGAGAAGGAAGCGGUCAGCAACAUUCAUCUCUCGAGGGGGUGUCUAACUCAGUGUUAUGGUGUGUUUGACUCUAAAUUAAUUUUAUAUCCCUUUAACUUCUAUAUGUCUGCGCUGGUCACAUUCAGAUCUCCAUUCAGAUGAUUAUAGUGCAGUUUAACCAGAAAGAGCCUACACACAACUUCCUCUACAUUUUUUACAUCAGGCUACUGCCAAAACACGCUGCAUUAGGAGACGCCAUCUGUGCUCUCUUACACUCCAAUAGUUGAGCAUUGGAGCAUGAUGGCAGUAGCGACUGACCAGAGCUUCAGCUCCUGCUAGUGACAGGUGGCUGCGUAACAGCCUAGACACAACAUUUAACCGGCAUCUCAGGCCUACAAUAAUAAAAAUAUUUGUAAUUUGUUUAACUGACUGGUGUUAAUUAAGUAAACUGUGUCAAAAGCUGUAGAUAAGCUAACUCUCAGGCAUUUUGUAGACUAGUAACAUAAAUUUUCCCUAAAUUUGUAAAUAACUUCUAUCAUCUGCUGUUUGUAUUUGCUGAAAAAGCCCCCGAACAACCCUUACAGGUGCACCUCUAUCUCAGAAAUUUAAUCCAGUGCAGCAGCUUUGUGUCCUCCUACCAUCAUCACAUACUUUUCCUCCCAUUUUCCAUUUUAAGAAGCACAUUGUGUUCAUUAAUCAUGCUGAGAUGUCUGAGCUCAGAAAGAUUUUUUUUCCAUGUUUCACAGCCUUCAAUUUCCUUUCAAAUUUUUUUCAUUUCAGAUCUAUCAUUCCCCAAUCCACAAGCAAGCUGAAAGUAAGUCUGUCACCAUUAUCUGAGUUUUAUUGGUGAUUUUAUGGGGUGUAGACAGACGCUGUGAUGUCUCACUUUCCAUCUCAUGUCACUGAAUGCAUCUGACUUAUAGUUUUUAAAUGAUUGAUUUCUGUCUAAUCUGCCCCUUUUUUACUCCAACAGUGGAAAUGAAUGAAAUUGGAUUCAAGUUUGUGCGAAAGUGCAUCAACUAUAUUGACACAAAAGGUAAUGUGAUCCUAUCAGAGAGUUCAUCUGUUUUUAGUUCUGUAAGUUGCCCUGAGGGGGGCAUAGUUGAGUCGAGGUUACAUGUUGACGCCACGCCUGCAGACAGCUCUCACAGUGAGAGAAAAAAAACUCUUUUCAGCCAAACUAGGAGUCUGGGAUAAUAACAGGUUGCACAGAACUUUAAUCAUCACAUCUUUAUCCCUGAGAAUCAAAGGUUUCCUGCCUGAUAUUUGUUCCAUUUUUUUUUUUUACCAUUUCUAACCAAACAACUAAGUUUUUGGUUGCAUUAACACAUUUUAAUUCUUUGUCAAAAGCAGGAUGAUUAAUGUUUGUGGAAUGAGCUACUCUAUCUAUACACACGAUUUGUGACUCAGACAGUCGACCCACUUUAUGAUUCAAAGAAAUGUUAAUAAUAAGGGAGGAACAUCUGUAUCCUAAGUCAGGCUCAUGCAGGUUCUGAAGAAGGGCAUGUGGUACAUUUCCACUGCUCUGUAUAAGUCCAGGUUACACUCCUCCUUCCUCUCUUUACCUCUCCCUCUCUUCUUUUUCUUCAGGAGUCUCACAGGAAGGAGUGUACAGAACUGUUGGCAGCAACAUCCAAGUGCAGAAGCUUAUAAACACCUUCUUUGGUAAGGACAUAAGCAUGUAAACAUUUCUGCAUCAGCCCAUUCACUUUCUUCAACCUCAGUGAACAACAAAACCGGUUUUGUGACUUUGUGUGAGGCCUCUAUGUGUGAAUGGGAGGGAAACAUGCUCUUGAGCGCCCCUGCUCUUGAAGGCUUGCAUUGAAUUAGUAUGAAUGUUGAAUUGUUUUUUUUCACGAGACAAUGGAUCAUGUGAGUAUGCAUAGUUUUAAAGGAGGCAACCCAGUCCACAGAUUGAGCACUAUUUCCACUGUCCCCUCCAGCUCAGUUGAGCUUUUAGAAUCUAUUAAUUGAUUGUUUUUGAUUUUCCUGAACCCAUGUUGAGGUUAAAUAGUUUCAUAGCAUUUCUGGCUGCAGGAGGCUGUUCUCAGUGACCAAAGACUGUGUGAGCCCAUAAUCCACUCUCAGCCCCACACCAACAGCAGACAAACUCAGUCAGUAAUGAACAUGGAGAAGUUUUCAGCAGCUGAAGACUUCGAUAUUUGAAUAAAUAUAAAAAUAUAAAUAAGCUACUGUUCUUUAGACGGGCAAUCAGCUUUAAAUAAUAGAUUUCAACUAAAUAUUUACACGUUUUCAUUUCAACUCUCCACAGUAGAAAAAGCUCAGGGGUUACUAAUCAUAUUACCGCUGGCAGGAUGAUGUAAAGAGGCAGAUUUAUUUCCUCUCUCUUUUUGCAGCUGAUCAAACUUUUUCUUCCCCUUUUUUUGCCACCCACCUCCUGCUGUCACUUUAUAAAAAAUGUAAAGCAGGGAAACCAAAAACAACACUUUGAAUUUAGCAGAGUAUAACUGUACCAGUAUGCCAUGACAGUGCACAACACUUGACACUAAAGAGCCUAACUGAAGUGGAAUUUAUUGUUUAUUAUUGGCUCGUUAUUGGCAUAUUGUUGCCAGUGGCAUUAGACACUUAAUUCAUUUUCUAAAAUGUCUCAUUUUUAAUCAUUUUGUAUUAAAUGAAUUACAGGCCCUUUGUUGCAAACUUUCACAGCUAGCCAGCUACUUUGAAAAAUCACAGUUAAAGCUCCUGUCAGUAACUGUAGGUUUGUGUCAGUUUUAGCGCCCCCUGUGGACAGAGCAGUCUUUGUUUAUCUUGUCCUUGACAUGUUUCUUACUGCCCUUUGUUUCAUAUAUUUUCAGUCUUUUAUGUGUGAAAUAAAAAAACAUGGCUGUUUUCUUAGCUGCUUGGCUCUCUCCUGCCCCCUCACACCGCUCUAUGUCAUUUCAGACGACUAAACAUGAAACCGUCAAUGAUGUUGUUGUUUGUUUUUUAAUCAUAAAAUGGCAUCAAUAUGAACUUUAUUCUAUUUUAUCUCUCUCAGGAGCUUGUGGUGUUUUUCAAGGUUUUGUUUUUUAACUGGGAAUUUGACAUUAUAGCAUUUCUGAUCAUUGGAUAUGUUCUCCUUUUUAGACCCCACAAAUCCAGGCGACGUGGAUCUCCAAAGCAGUGAUUGUGACGUCAAGACCAUCACAAGCGCACUUAAGUUUUACCUGAGGUAAUUUCAUGUGUACAGCACAAUGUACUUUGAAAUAAAUUAUCAACCGUUUCUGACAUUGCUGUAAAAAUCAAAUCUCUAUUUAUGCUCUUUGCUCUCUUGGUCAUUAACUAGAAUUAUGAUACAACAAAGAACUACAUAUCCAGUCCGAAACCCUUCUGAAUGGUCUAUCAUGAGGAUUUAGAUGAUAAAUUUAUUACAAAUGACAAGUAAUGCCUUGAGAGGCUGCACACUUCCUAAAUGCUUUUUACUGUUUCUUUCUUUAACAAGGGGGGCUGUUUUUUGAUUUUUCUGUAUUUGACUGGGAGAAUUGUGCUGAACUGCUCUUGAACUCUGAGUGUCUGCAUUUAUCUGCAGGAGUUUGUCUGAACCUUUGAUGACCUACAGUCUGCACAGAGACCUCAUGUGUGCUGCAAGUAAGUCUUUUUUUAGGAGAUAUCCAUCAUUAAGAGCUGUCACUAUUUUUGCCCUUUUCCAUGUAAAACAGCUUACAGCAGUGUCCGUGAUAAGCAGUGAGGGUAAUAUCUCAUAAAGAUUGGUUGAAAAUGCGUUUUACCUUUUAUGCCAAAUAAAAAAAAAAAAUAAAGUUAAGAGUUCUUAUAAAUGCAUAAUAGGAACAUAUGACUAUUAAUUUAACAAGCUCCUCAGACCUGCCCGGAAGAGUCUUAUUAAAACCUGAGUCCCCUGUUUGUUUUUAGCUAUCACACGACAUGGUUGUAAAACUGGGAAGACUGUGAGUUGAAAAGCAGCAGCUUUGUUUUAUCAGGAUGUUACAGUAAAACAACUGGUGGUUACAAUUCCUGGAAAUGUGUCAUAGGGGGUUGAAAGGGGGUUUGAACUUUGUUAAUGGCUGCACUCCCCUUUUUUUUAUUUUAUCCACAUCCAGAUGCAUUUCUAUACCAGCAAUAUUAUCAGGGAUUUACAGCAUCUGUUUUUAGCUGCUCUUUUUAAUAUCUCAUGAUUUCAUUACAGAUGAACAGAAGCAGGUGUGCCAUUCUCUGAAAUUUGAUAACUUUGUGUUCCGUCUGUAUCACAGAGUCAGAUAACCUGGACUUCAGACUGAGUGAAAUUCAUCUGCUCACUUACAAACUACCAGAGAAAAACCGGGAGAUGUUGGAGCUGCUUAUCAAACAUUUGGUCAAGUAAGUGCUUGCACGUUGUGUUAUGACCAUAGACUGUAUAUAGAAUGGACGUCGUCUGCCUCCUCGCUGAGUGAAGCCACUCCGAGAACAGCACCCUCUGGUGACGGGCUGCAGUAUAGGUCAUAAAUCCCGCCUCCUCCUACAAACUUAUGGAGAUGUGGACAAACUUUAGAAAUUAAUUACACAGAAUAUAAAUUUUUCUCCCCCGUGCUUGUGAUGUUGACAUGUAGUUACUGUAAGACUAGUUUGUGCUCAAGUCCUAUUUUUUUCUGUACAGCUCCAUUUUUAAAAGUUAUUAGGGGGUUCAUGUUUUCUAUGAUUGACACUUGAUACAGCCUACGGGAGUAUGAAGAUUGCGUAGCUCACCUGGGGGAUACGCUGUUUGAGCCGAGCGUCAUCACAGCAAAUCUCUGCGACUCUCUCACCAAAUGCAUACAACGCUACUGCGCAAUGUUGGUUUCAGGAAAUUGAGAAAAAUCGCAGAAAUACUGAGAGCUUUUCGGCUUUAAGUUCAUAUACUGGCAGAAGGCGGUACCAAGUUGUCCAUAGUAUAUACAGUCUAUGGUUAUGACGCAGUGAUUUGACAGCUCACAUACAUAGGAAUAUAUGCUCUCUACCUGACAUCGGCUAAGCUGAUUUGCCAACACUUAAUUGAUGUUUCUUUCUUGGCAGCGUGUGCAGCCACAGUGAAGAAAACCUAAUGACUCCCUCAAACAUGGCUGUCGUCUUUGGACCCACACUGAUGAGAGCGAAGGAGGAGACUGUGGCCGCCAUGUUGGAUAUCAAGUUCCAGAAUAUUGUCGUUGAGAUCCUGAUUGAAGACUACAAAAAGGUACAUAUACAUCUAACAGGACAAUUGACCAGACAGGGACAAAAUACAAUAACUGUAGCUUGAGAAGUGACAGUCAAUAUUGUGAAUAUUUUAUGAGAGAUUUUGUGCAGCAGAAGCAUUCAUUUAUUAACCAUUUUGUGAUAGCCUUUAAUUCGAGUCCUAUUUUCUGCUCUUGCUCAUUUACGGUGUAUACGUAUCAUUGGAUUUAUUGUAAAAGUCAUACUAACAGUAAGUAACUGAAAUGGAGGCUGAACUGAAGUGCCAUUGUACCUUUAUUUUUUAUCCCAGAUCUUCAGUAAUAUGCCAGAGGACAGCACCGCCCCACCUGUUCCUCCCCCGCGAAUCACUCCAAGAAAGCGACAACCCAUCACCAUCUCCAAACGGCCACCUCGUGUUUAUCAAGCUCUUAGUCACCACGUCUUUCAGCACACAGAGAGUAAUUAUUAGCCUCCUUUGGCCCCCCGACUGUCAUCAUCAUCCUCAUCAUUAUCCCAUCCUGUCUGUGCUAAAUGUACAGUAGUCUUUUUUUUAUUUUAUUUUUUUAAACACUAAAAAAAAGAUUUAAAAAAAUGAUUGUGAAUCAUAUUCAAAAACUUUUAGUCAGAGGAUUUUGUUUGUCAAGAAACUGCAAACCAAAUUCAUUGUCUAAAAUUAUUUUUCAUUAACUGUUUUUAUUUUUUUCAACAAAAUCCUGUGGUGCAUUUUUAAAGUCUCAGCCACAAAUAAAACUUCUCUUCUCAACAUUUUUUUAAUCUCACAUUAGUCUUUUUUUGUCAAUUCCUCUGCCAAAUCAUAUAAUUUUCUCUCAUUUUUCUGCCUAAACCCCUCAUUAGGGGGUGUCUCCAUCCUCAUCUGCUCUCCCUUGGUUGUGUGUUAUUAAAUUGUUCUUAGGUGUAUACUGGGUAUACCCUGAUAAGCAUCUCUGUAUGAUCCAGUUAAACUGUGUAAUUUACUUUCAAGUCAUUAACAAACUCUGUGUGUGUCCUUAAACCAACUAAAGAGCUGUGAAAAAAGCUGCUUUAUCUAUUUAUGGGACGUGCACUCAAAUGUCAGCGUUUGUAUUAUCCUUAACUCUGUUUUCUUUUGUUCAUUUCCAACCAAACGCGCAUCACCAUCAUCAUAAUUAGUUACUGAAGAUCAUUCUUAUCAAAGUGUUGAGAUAUAGAGUUUCCUCCAAGUAGUCAGUACCUUGUAUUAUUUAUUCUGGUUUGUCUUGUAACAGAUGGACAGAAUGACAGCCCUGCCCUGGACGGGGAUGUCUCAGUGAAUCCAGUUCCCCUACAGCGGACGAAACCUAUAAGCAGCGCUCCACUCGUUCCAAGAGAGCCACCACCAAGACAAGCGUUAAUGCCCAGAACAGCCAGCCGUAGGGACAGGCAGCCCGACUCUGACCUUGGCAAGACAGACGACACAAGACAAAGGCCAGAUUCUUCUUCUUCUGCUGCGGCAAAUGGGGAGUCUGGAGUCUAUGUGAGCAGAGUGCCAUCCUUCCAGAGCCGGAAACCACUUCCUAGGGUUAUGUCAGUCAACAGAGGUAAGACUGACACUCAUAGUUUAGAGCUUUGGGGUGGCCAAUUCAAUUCAGAGGGGAUCCUAUGUGGCCCCUGUGGACACUAGUGUGGACACACCACUGCUCAAGAGCAUAAAAACAACAUUGUAGAAGGAUAUCAAUAACAAUAUAGGACAUUAUAAUCUACAUUAAAACUGCAUUUUAAUAUCAGUACUGUGAAGUUAUCUUUCCAGGAUAUCAGGUGCCAAGUUUAAACUGAGGGUCAAACCUGAGUGUCUUGCACCCUGUGACCACCCAGGGCAAAAGGGGGUGCAGUAGGUCUGUUCUGAUCUUGUCAGCUAAAAUCAAAGUGCACUAAUUCACCAUGUAAGCAAUACAUAUCAUCUGUUACCAGCUAUUUUACAGUCAGUACAGUACAGUCUCCAGUCCUUGUAAAAAUUUGCACCAGUGUUGGCAUUGUAUGUCAGUUUGUCUUUCGGUAACUGUGUCCUGUUACUUACGCUCCUGUGCAGCUUUAGUGGUGGUGACAUUCAUGACGAUGGGAUAAUGAGAGGAAAAAAACAAGAUUCAUUUCUCAAGUUUUUCUUGUGUUGAGAGCUUAAAACUUAUUUGAACGCCAGUCUUCUUAAUAGUGAGCUGCAUCAGAACAACAUCAUCUGUAAAAUUAACUCAUGAUAACACAACCCUGCAGUACCUGAGACUGAGGGACCUGGAAAGAAAAUUUAACAUCAUCAGCAAGCUAGCUUCCAUCCACUAGUUUUGUCAGACCUCAUACACUCAUACACGCUGUAACUGUUAUCUUAUUCGCAAUGACUCUUUCCAGCUGCUGUCAGUAAAGGUGAUAGUGGUACUAGUUGUUGAAAUCUGGCACAGACUGCUACACAUGCCAAGUUGCUAUUGAACAAGCUUGCUUGUUCAAACAAGCUCCUAGUAAUCUGAUGUUGGUUUUUCACAGUUUAAUUGAUUUAUAAUCAUGUUAAGGCUUGGCUCGAGCUUUUCCAUUUGAAGUGAACAGCAUUACCAGGAAGUUGGCCACAGUGGAAAAUUAUGUAAAGCCUUUCUGGUUGAAAAUAAAGAACGCCGUUGUUAAGAAACAGAAAGUCUUUUUUUGACUUUGUAUCACCAAAAUCUGCCUCAGGUGUCCAAGUCCGCCUUUAAUCUCAAGGUUCACUAAGUUCAUGUCAAAUUCUUCAAUUACUCAUGUGGUGUUACAUGAAGCUUUUGUUUGUUUUUGUUUUUUAUUCCAGGGGAGUCGGAAGGCCCGACCAGAACAAAGUCAACAGAGAAACAUGUAAUCUGUAGACCCCCAGUGAGGCCUCCUGAGCCCCCCGCCAGAUACCCUGCUCCACAGAAGCCUUCCAGUGCAGCCAGCAACGAAGGCUCAAAUACAUCCUAGUAAGGACUCCAUGACUUUUCUUAUGGAUGAUAUAAAGUAUUCAGUUUCAGACAGCGUCAAGAGGCUCAUUAAAUAUUUCACAGCGGUAUCUUCUGACUUUAUAAGACCAAACAAACCACCAACGAUUUCAUAGAGGCUUACUAAAGAACAUGUCAGACAUGCAAACUUAACUGUAUCAGAAUCCGAAACCCCACAAAGAGUCAGAAAUUCAAGAUCAAAUCUAUCAGGUCAAUGAAUAGUUACAUUGUCUGAUGUGAACACAGUGAAACCUUGGAUCCUCCUUACAUAGUAUUUUCAAGAUUUUCCCACCGCUCGGAUGACUGUGAUCCAUACUGCAGCCAAGAGCAGACGAGGUGAUGACUGUGGUAUGGGCGCAGUAUCGUUAAGACACUAAUCAGCUAUGAGUCCAUGACCACCCUCCUCUUGUCAGCUCAGGGUUUUGAUAAAGAGCUCAGAUAUGACACAACAUGGACUUCACUAGACCUCUGUAGGUGUGCUGUGGUAUCUGGCACCAAGAUGUUUGCAGCAGAUCCCUCAAAUCCUGGAAGUUUUAAGGUGGGGUCUCUGUGGAUUAAACUUGUUUGUCCAGCACAUCCUUCGAAUGCUCAGCCUGGGGAUUUUAGAGAGCAAGUCAACACUGUUGUGCUGCUCCGGCUACCUUCUUCCACUGUUGCAUAAUAGAGGUCUGGGAGUUGGGAUGUUUUAUGCAGGGAGCAGUGGUCAUUGUGGGCACAAGUCGCUCCCUGCAAGCCCAAAUCAAUUCUCUAGUGAUUAAAGGUAGUCGAGAACUAAAAGUGAUUUACACGCCAUCCACAACAGACGUACUUCAGCUGUUUUAAGGGAUUAGGGGCUGGUGUUUUUCUGUAUUUCUUCUAAAUAACUUUAGUUAACAGCUCAUUUCUAAGAAAUUGAUAAUGAUUUUUUUCAUUGUUUCAAUAACACAAGCUGACAUUAGCAAAGCCAACAUUUCAGACCUACAACAGGGUGUCAGGGGCCAAAUACAAAAAGAUUUUAAAAUCAUUUUCUUACAAAAAUAACUUAAUUGUAAAAUGAUUUUCCUGUCAGAAUAAAGUCGUAGAAAGGUUGUCUUAUGAGAACGAAGGUAUAAGUGAACAAAGUCGUAAUGUUACAAGAUUGAAAUAAUUUGGUUACUAAAGGUCGUCGUUGUGAAGUCAUUAAACUACAAGAAUAAAGUCAACAGAAUCAAGCCAUGAUAAAGUUUUAGUUUUGGUAUACUAUACAAUGUACCUUUAAGAGAGGUGGACAUGUAUCCAUGAUCACAAAAUGAUUUCAGUCAAUUUGCAAUCAAUAACAUAUCAAUAUUUGAUCACUUUAUGUAUUUUGCUGUCCUGCAAGAGGUACAAUCAGACAAGUUUGACUGAUGUGGGAAAAACUGGGGCUUUGGCAUUUGCAGCAUCAACGUGAAGCACGAGUGCACACAAAUUUAUAUUUCUGCCAACAAGUGUAAUUUUAACCACUAAUACUCAAGUGUUAAACUGAUGUUAUUUUCCUGUGUUAAACUUUUCCACUUCAAAAACUAACACCACAGAGCUGCAGCAUAAAAGCUCAAUCUCAUUUUCUUUUCCUCUUAAGUUUUUAAUUUAGAUUUAGCUACAAACAAAAAAGUGCCACAUUGAGAUUCAAAGAAGGCUACAAACAGCCAAAAGCAAAAAUAAUAGAUUUUAACUGGAGUCAGAGCUAGGACACGGCAAACAACCACUCAAAGUUUGGGGUUCUGGGGUAUCUAAACAGAUUUCUGGACACCUGCUCCUCUUCUUUUUUACCAAACACACAACAGCGGGGUGUCCUGCUUGUCCUCCCACAGUUUUUAAUGCCUGUCUGUCCUUUACAAUAAUCAUCAGCAUCCAUCCUUAAGACACCCGAAUGACACAGCUCUUGUUUGAAACGUUUCACUAAGUGUCUCUGAUCUCUCACAAAAAUCUGUAUAUCAUGCAGUAGCAUGUGGAUACAUCUGUUUUAGAAAGGGUCUCCUGUGUUUAUGUGUAAAAUUACCACAGAAAUGUAAGAAUAAAACCUAUAAGGAAUCAUGUGCUCAAAAGGAGGGGUUUGAAAAAGCACAGUUUACCAAACAUAUUCUGACUAAUCCAAAAGGAGACACAUAAUACCAGUUUUACAAUUUCACAUUCACAACGAAGAAUAGAGGAUGAAUCAUAUUAAUUUGCAACACCAACAAGUCUGAUUUUCUCUCUCUCUCUCUCUCUUUCUCUCUCUCUGCAGUGUUGCCUCCAAAACAAAGUUUUUUGAAAAUGCCUCCAGAAAAGUUGGCAGGUGAGUAAAUGUCCUGUUGCCCAGUAUCGUUAUGCUACUGUAGGAAUAAAAUCACAAAGCCACAGGAGAAGAAAAUCUACCAGUUGCAUCCUGAAAAUGGAGUUAGUGUUUUCUUCAAGUCAUUCAAAAGAUCCCUUUCUUAUGAGGUAAACAGAAUUUCCCUUGUUGCUGUCAGACUCCUCCCUCUGAUGGAGGUAGACGCACGUAUCUGCUCUCGUAUGUUAUGCUUGAAUAGUCCAAGUUCUGGGCCUGCAGCCCUCCCUGCUCCAGCUCUGAUGAAGGCUGGAAAGGAAAAAGGCCUGAGUGGGAAGAAUUUGUGGGAGUUUUAUCAAAGACGAUUUAUCUCUCUGUUUACUGUGGUCUCCUCCAUCAUUGUUACAGUUCACAUUAAUGUGUCUAACAGGCAGGUGCUGACGUAAAAAGCUCGUUUUUUGGCCUUUGGACAGAGGACACAGAUUGUGAUUGUUAUCCCACAAUGGAAGAAGUUAGACCUCCAGAGCAGACUGCUGUCAGCGGCCCUGUAUUAAAAAACGAUAGUGGGCAGAUAGAUUUAGAUCAGACAGUUCCUUGUAAGCCCUCCAAAGAUAACCACGAGUGGAUGUACAGUGUGACGGACUGUGAACAACCCUUUUUUUUUUAUUUCUACAUUCUGCUGCUUGAAUUAGCACAGCUUUAUGUGAUCUCUUUGUCAUCCUAAUUUCUCUAAAUAACAUAUCUCUUAAGUCUGACACGUUUAUUACUACCAAUACUUUAUCAGACCAAACGGUGAGUCAUCUCUAAAGAAAGCUGUGGCCAGGCCUUAAGGCAGAUCACUAGUGGCCUUGAGUAGAAACCACAGAUGGAUGUGAUUAAUUUUGUCUCUUCUACUUUAGUCCACCAGCCUCUCCGUCGCCAUCCUCAGUGACACCUUUCAAAAAAGAGGUGAGAUCUUUUUACUGUCAUUUCCCAUGUUUUUUUUGUCAGUGAUUCCACCAAAGUUGAUUCAAAGGUCCCCUAUUAUGGCAUUUUUCAUCAAGUUAGAAUCGGUCCCAGAGGUCCCACAAUAGUAAAUUUGAAGUUUGCUGUCUAAGACAUCAGUUUACUUGUGGAUAUCAGCCAGCCUGUACCCCCCUCUUUUUGAGCUCCACUGAGAAUAGGCCGAUUCUGCGCCUGUACCUUUAAAUGAUAAUGAGCUGUGUGAAAACAUCUGCCUCUCCAAGGCCACUCUGAGCUGCCGGCACCGCCGUGGUGGUGCAAGAGUGGUGGUCUGGAGAUCUUCAGAGGACCUCCAGACCACUGCGGCUGGAAGCACCAGCCUGCCUUUGCGCCCCCGAGGAACACCCGCUGCUCACGGGAAUAAAAGUAAAUAUGAGCGAGUCUGAAGACGAAUACUAACAGUAGUAAACACAUGCGAUUGCAGGCAAAGCACCUGUCAUAUGGUGCAGUAGUAAAGCAACAUAAAAUGGUAAAACUUCCUCUUGCGAGUCUUACGAGUCUUGCUUUGAACGGCCCCUCGUCAGUAAAACAGUCCGUGAUGAAAGGGUUAGCAUAAACAUACAACAUUUUAAGAGUUGUUGUGGGUACAUUUCCAACGAAAAUAAGAUUAAUCCACAGGGUCCUCAAAUUUUCUGAUGAAGGAGGCAGAAAUCGACUCCGUUCUUCAUUUGUACGGCCAAGAGCCACGCAGCAGCUGGGUCGUAGCUUCGACAUGGUUGCUGUACCGGAGUGGUGUACGCAAGGGGAAAAAAUGGCGUAUGCUACCUCAGCGAAGAAGUUUUAGAGGGUUGGGCUAAUGAUUAUCGAGGGCGGGGCCACCAACAUGUGGGAGAGGCUUAUGCGGUUAUGUCGUCAUAACCAUGCAGCUUUUCUUUCCGCCUGUUUGCGCUCAUGUUUUCAGAAAGAAGGGUAAAGAAAGAGAGGGAGAGAAUGAACAUUUUUCAUGUCGGGGAGGGUCGUCGGCUUCGAGGGGAUGCAUAUUAUUCGUAGAAAACCACCCAAAAGUGGAUUUUUUAAUAAUAGGGGACCUUUAAUGAACUGCAAACAGUUCUGCUAUGCUGUGUUAUAAUGCUAAACUGUUUAUGUCUGUGCAGAGUUAAAGUCAGGGAGACUCUACGGAAGCUGCAUGUCGUGACCACAAGUGACCAUGAGCGAGCAAUGUGCAGGAACAAGUCACUGCAGAUUGACUCAGUUAAUCUGGAUUUAUGAGGCAGACUGAGUAAUGGCUCUGAAAGGAAGAGGAGGAUUUGUUUGGUUGAAUAUGGUUUUUAUUGGUAACAGCGGUUUUUCACAUCAACAUUACUGCAAACCAACUUUUGAAUGAGUUUGCAAAGUAAUCAACUUUUUGUUUAAUCUUUAUUCCAAAGUAAGGUUGAAAAAAAAAAAAAAAAACACUGUUCUCCCUUUUGGAUGUGGAUUCCAAAUUUAGUCACUAAUUAUUGUUAUUGGUUUUAGUCAUCAGUGUUAAAGCUCAUCUUAGUUUUACCUAACUUACCUGCUAUUAUAAAAUAGCCUUCUAAAGGAAGACUAGUUGAAGUGGACAUAACCAUUUAAUCACUUUUAAUUUGAGGAUGUGGAAUAAUAAGUGUUGAUAUUAACUCUUUAAUUUCACAGAUAAUGCAGCAGGUCAUAGUCUUAAAACUGGAUCAGGCUCAUUUAAGUUCUCUUUGAAUGUAACUUGCACAAGAACACACACUAUUUUAGCUAAUCAUGUCAUUAAUGUAUUAAGAUCAAAAUUCGAAACAUGAAUAUCAAUUAAGACACUAAGUGGACCAACCCUUUUUAAGAGGCAUUACAAAAUAGUAUUUGGUUGUCAAGUGUCAGCCUGUAUUCCUGUUAAAGUAGUUUGAACCUACAUAAUAGAUUUGUUCUAUUAAUAUUGAAAAGGGACUUUCUUAAAUACAUUCCCCUUCUUCAGGUUUUGGUAUCACUCCCUUUUUACCUACUGAAUUUAAGUGGGCCCACGCAGGAGGCUCUCUGGAGUCUCUGUUGAACCUCAGAUGAAUUGCUGGGAUUGAAACAGCAGAAGUGAUUGUUACAGUGUGUGAAGAUAACUCUCCAGAGUUUUAUUUUAAUGUCUUUGUCCUUUAAAUGAUCAUUAUGUAAAUGUUACACUUGUUUUAUUUUUCUGGUAACACAACUUGAAAGUUUUUCGGAUGUUAUCUGCUUGGAUUUGUUGUAAAAGGAGGAAAAUAAAUCUGAAGUGGUCUGAAUAUGA